AUGGGUAAUGUCGCAACCAAGAAUGUGGACAAGGAAGCUGUCAACAAGGAUGUAGGUUUAUUUUUCAUUUUACAUUUCGUGUUAUUUGUUUAGGGGAAACUUUGGAGUUUAUUUUUAAUCUCGUUUUGGUUUUAGGUAAAUGACUAUCCAAUUGUAAUGUACACAAGGCCGACUUGUGGUUACUGCAAGCUGGCCAAAGACAUUCUUCUCGAAGAACAAGCACUGUACAGAGAGAAGGACCUUGAAUUGAUGAAAGCAAUGUAUCCGGAGACUGCGCAGGUAAGUUUUUUUUUAAUUGAUUUGUUAUACUCUUAGAACUACAUCAAUGGAUUGGUUUACCAGACAAGGAGUACGUCUGUACCGCAGAUUUUUAUUUGUGGAGAAUACAUCGGAGGUAUGUGGUGGUAUCAAAACUGUUUGUUUAUUUGUUCUUUCGCCAGGCUGAAGAUUAUUCCGAUUUCCAACGUUAGUUUUAUAAUGCCUCGUUUUCAGGCUUUAUGGAGCUGAAAAAACUUCGCGAAGCAGGCAAACUUUGGAGUACGAUCAACAAAUGCCGAGAACAAUACGACCAGAAACCAGUGGUUUCGCCUCCGUGA